UGGAAGCAUCCUUGCAGGUAUAGAGUGGGUGGGCCCACGCAGAUCCAUUCCGAGCUCCAUUAAAACCAGGCAGCCUCAGAUCUAGCCCAGGCGCCUGGAGCUGAGCCCACGUGGUCGGAUUCAAGCCCAGAGAGGGGCAGCGACUUACCCGAGGUGACACAGCAAAGGGUAUAACUAGAACCCAGGACCUCCCCACCCUGCACUAGGUCUGUCGACAGACUAUUUACAUGGCAGGCUAUUCAGUUAAGGGUGGUGGCUAUACCAUUCACGGCCCCCAUUUCUCCACCCCCUGAACUCUGCCUUGGGGAGAUUUUGUUGGUGAUGCGGCUUGGACACAAAUCAAUACAUACAAAGUAAUCCUGGGGGAAGGAUCAGGAAAGGCUUCCAGGAGAAGGGGGGGCCCAACUUCUGCCACUUUUUCAAGGGCAAGAUGCCCUCUGAGGAACAAAACUUCCAGAGGUCAUACCCCUGUUCCUUGGCCUGGUGAAUCACUGGAAAAUCUUCUGCUGCUCUUGGCUCUAGCCGUCUGAUGGAAACUGAGGCAGGGAUGAUUGGUCAAGGGCACAAAAUUCCCAUCCAUGGAUGACAAAUUCUCUGAUGGAAGGCUCUCAGCUCAGUCUCUGUACUGUGAAGUGUGUAAGGAAUCAGGACCCUCCUGCACCGGCAAAUUGAAGCUCUGUGAGGCUGAGAAGGAUGCCUGUGUAAUCAUUGUGGGGUUGUCCACCACAGGGGGCAAAGAGUCCUUGUACACCUCCAAAAACUGCAUGAAGUACAAGGACUGUUACUCGGGCUUCAUCUCCGUCACUCUGGGGCAUGAGGAACAUAUGGUGUCCAACUCACAUUGUUGCCAGGAGGACCGCUGUAACCAGGCCAGCAUCCCGACCCCGAAGAACAAUAGCACACUGAACGGACUCCGCUGCCCAUCCUGUAUGGCUGCCUUCCAAGAGACCUGCUCCGGGGACGAGGUGGUCCAGUGCAUGGGGCACGAGACACAGUGCGUCUACUUCUCGGGGACCGUGCAGACAGGCAUCAUCAACACCAAAUUUGCCAUCCGUGGAUGUGCCACCAAGAGCGCCUGCCACGCCCAGGUUGGUACUGAGGUGCCCUCGGUGACUUACACCUAUGAACUUCGGAGGGCCGACUGUGUCCCUGCCCCCCAACCCCCUGGCAGGGCGGAGAAAAAAUCUGCCGUCUCAGUCCACUGAGCAUUGCAUCGGGAGCCCAUUCCAAACCCUAUCCUCACCAUCGAGGUCCUCUUAUCGCCAAAUUAAACCAGUU